GAAGAGGAGGAAAAGGAGGAGAAGGAGGAGGAAGAGGAGGAAGAGGAGGAGGAGGCGGCGUCCGCAGGAGGGAGGAGGAAGCCCCAGCGAAGGAGCCCCCGCUGUGCCCAUGGCGUUUGCAGCUCCCAAACCCCGCGAUGGCUCCAGGCUGCGCCUCAGCUCCUGGACCCCCCUCAACCAUCGGCUCAUCAACGACCAGGUAUUUGAAGAAAGAAGAGCCCUGCUUGGAAAAUGGUUUGACAAGUGGACAGAUGGCCAGAGGAGGAGGAUCCUGGUGGACCUGCUGGAACGCUGCUCCCUGUCCCAGCAGAAAUUCUGCGCCAAGCAGCUCCAGGCCCGAGUCCCCACCGAGGCCGCGGAUUUUACCACGAGGCUCCCUCGAGUCCUGUCCCUGUACAUCUUCUCCUUCCUGGAUCCACGGAGCCUCUGUCGAUGUGCACAGGUGAGCUGGCACUGGAAGUACCUGUCAGAGCUGGACCAGCUGUGGAUGCUGAAGUGCCUGCGUUUCGGGUGGCUCCUCAACUUCUGCCCCACGCCCUUCGAGCAGGGGGUGUGGAAAAAACACUAUAUCCAGAUGGUGAGGGAGCUGCGCCUCACCCGGCCCAAGACUCCUUCCAAGGACGAGUUCAUCGUUAUCGACGUGCAGCCAGUGAAGAGCAACGUGCCAGAGAGGAAACUUUCUGUGAGCAGGGGCAGGAAGGAGCUCCCUCCGUGGCGCUCCUCCGACAGGAACCCCACGGACACCGUCCGCUACAACUACCUGGACAACCAGCACCCCAUCGAGCAGGCCAGGCACGCGAGGAGGAAGGGAGGAGGGAACACCCCGGACCUGAGCAGGGAGGCGGCCGAGAGGAAGAAGAGAGGAGGAGGAGGAGGAGGAGGAUCAGCUCAGCUCCGGAAGGUGAAAUCCCUGGCAACGUUGGGAAACCUGCUUGACAUGAACGCCUUUGAAAAGCUUUGAUUGAAUCGAGUCUGAAUAAAGAAAAUUAAUGUGCAAAUCUUGCAGCAAAUCCUUCAAGAACGG